UUAUAAAUUUAGAAUAAAAUAUAUACGUGUCUUUUAAUGUUCGUCGAAUUAUAGUUUGAUCGAAAAAUUUCAGUCAUAUUUAUUAGUAUAAUUACUGAUAACAAUGUUUUCAUUAAAAUUGAUUAAAUUUAGUUUAUUAUUAUUUUCUGUUAAUUUGUAUGCAAAAACAUGCCCAAGUGCAAUAAUAAAUGCAGAUCGGUUAGAUAAGUUACUAAUAUAUUCGGGAUGGACAAAUUUAAAUGAGUUGACUUUUAUAAUAUAUUUAAAUAAAAUAUAUGAUCGUCAACAUUUGAUAGGAACAUCUACAAAUCACCAACAAUGUAAUAUAAAAAUACAAGCUCUGACAAUAUAUCUUGGAUGCAUAUAUGCAAAAGUUAUGUAUAAUUUUUUGGUAGUGAUUAGCAACAUCCUACAAAAAUGUCAAAAAAAAAUGAAAGAAAACGACUUAAUAAAUGGAUGCAUUUGCACUGAAACACUCAUAAACAUAAUAUCUAUAUUAAUUGUUCCAAUGGCCAAAUUGAUGAAAGGAGCAAUCAAAGCUUUGGGUUUAUUACUUAGCACAUCAUCGAAAAGAGACCCAUUUUAUCAUAAAGACUACUCAAAAAUUACUAAUUUCUUAAAGGAAAUAGAAAAUAUUUGUGAUAGAUUAAAUAAAAUAGCUUUAUCACGUAAUAGUAUAUCUACAUACGCUUGGGCAUUACAAAUUAUACAUUUAUUUUUUAAAAAAAUAGAUUUGGAAGUACGGUUUAUAAUUGAUGACUAUUGUGUUUUUGUACCUUAUGAUACAAAUUAUUUAUGGAGUGAGUGGGUUCAAGAGUAUAAUGGCAUUAUUAGCCAAGGCAUAAUAUUAGAAUUUUUCAAAUUCUUAAAGGGAAAAAUAAGGGAUUAUAUCAAGACAGUAAUUAUAGAAAAAUAUUUUCAACUGGGAUUUAAAUUUGAUCCGAUCACCGAAGAAUCGUUUAUACCAUCAAAAGAGGAGCUAAUCGAACUAGAAUUGGAGUUUAAAGAAACAGAUGGAGAGCCUUCAAUGCAAAUACAAAUAGAAACUCAUUAAAUAUUGUAAUAAAAUUAAUUACGUCUUAUAUUUAUGUUUUAUAAUUAAUUUAAUUAUUUUGUAAAUCUUUAGUUAUUUUAAAAGUUAUUCCUUUUUAUAUAAGCUAUUUGGGAGAUUACUCAGUGUUAAUAAAAUAUUAAGGGAAUGGACUCCUUUGAAAAACGACUUAUUAUUCUGUUUUAACACAUUGAAGGCUGCUGAAUUAUAUUUUCAGAACAGAUUUGAAGUCGUUAAUAAUGAAGUUGAAUACAUGUUGUACAUAUCGAUGUAAAUAUUGAGGCACUUUGUGGAAAGAAUGAAAUAAUGAAUACAAAUAGUUUAACCCAACAAAACCAAUAAAUCUAUAAAAACCCUACCCAAUAACUAACAUAACUGAGAUUUAUACAGUCUGUACUGGUAUACGUGUACUCUUCCUGUAUUCCAUACUCACUAUAUGUAUUACAUGCUUUUAGUUCAUGAAGUACUUAUUCUUGUUAUUAACUUGUUAUGGAUCAUCAAAAAUUUUAAUAAAAAAAUAAAUAAAUAUUUUGAAAUUUAAAAAAAAAUA